AACGUUAUUUCUGUUCUCAGAUAGACAAAAGAGAAAUGGCAUAAUCCUCACUCCGUUGUAAUCAUCAAAAGCAGCAUGGAUGAGCAGAAAAUCUGUUUUAAAGUAAAAGCGCAGCACCGUCUAUGAGCCUGAGCCAUCAUCACUCUUCAUUCCCUGUUCUUCCUCGAGUCUCGUAAUGUUCUCUUCUUUACAAAUUACAGCGCUCCUAACGCUCAUGUCACAUGAGACAUGAGGCUUCAAAUGUCACUUGCAUGACCGAUUAUCGUGAUUCUCGCGGAGAAUGCAUCAAAAGUAAUCACCUUUAAACUUGUAGCUGUUGCAAUUCGUUUUUCCAUUUUCAUGCUUCAGUAUCUGUGAGGGAAAAGCGUUGAAUCAACAGUAGCGGAGCGAAAUUUGCAUUGCAACUAGCUGGAACAACCGAUUUGUUGUUUUACAUUGAAACAUACGGACCUCUUCAAACUCCACCUUUUCCUCUGAAGUGUCAUAUUUUCCUCCAAAGGACAUGUGAGUUCUUGUUUACUAGCAAGAUAUGGCUGAAAUUAGGCUUGCUAGGGUAGAACAAGGUCAAGCCAAGGUAAAAAAUGUUCCAAUCGCUGUCACCCCUGAAGGUUUUUGGUGUUGCCCUUCUCCAGUUGUGUUUCACAAAAGCCUGAAAUCUCAAAACCCCCUCAAUAAAACCAAACCCUCCUCCUCACCACCACCACCACCUCAAAAAGUUACUAUCCAGAAAAAGCCAGUCCAAGUUUGCGAGAGAAGACCAGCACCUGUCCCACCAAGAUCAAUGGUUUCUGAUGAUCAACAGUAUGUUGUUCCUGCAAGACAUCAAGGUGGUACAUCUAUGGUCACAGAGAGAUCAGAAAGACCCAAAAUUGAGAAUUUACCUAGAAAGGUAGCUAUUGAGUUUGGCGAGGCUGGAACUUGUGAUAUGAAGGUGGUCUUACUAGGAAAGCAGGGGUUUUGUGUGAAGUUAAGUGUGCACAGGGAUGUUCUUAAAGAGAAGAGUAAUUUCUUUGCCGAUAAACUCUCUGUACAAUCUGACUUGUCGUGUCUCCAAAUUGAUGAUUGUGAGGAUGUUGAAAUAUAUGUUGAGACUGUUGGACUGAUGUACUGCAAGGAAAUGAAGCGGCGGUUGAUGAAACAAAGUGUUCCUCGCAUACUUCGGAUACUCAGGGUUGCAGAACUUCUUGGCUUCACCAGCUGUAUCCAGUCAUGUUUGGAGUACUUGGAGGCAGUCCCGUGGGUUGGAGAUGAAGAAGAAGCAAAAGUGGUUUCAACAGUUCUCCGACUCCAAGGGGAAGGAGUUGGGGUCAACCCUGUGUUGAAACGAGUUUUCUCUGAUAUCACCAAGGCCCCAAAUGAUACUCUGUCCCACAUCAUCAAACUCGUUCUCACAAGCAAGGAGGAAAAAGGACGCCGGGAGAUGAAAACCAUAGUUCUGAAGCUCCUAAAAGAGAAUAACAAUGUUCCAAGCCAUUCUGGCUCACCGGACAUCUGUAAAGAAAUGAUUUACCGAUCAUGCAGAAGCUGCUUGGAUUCUCUACUGGCUCUCUUUAGGCAGGCUGCGGCACUAGAGCUGGCUGAUAAAUCUUCCAGCAACAAAGAACCAACGGUAAAACUCAUAGCUCUCGAAGCUGAUAACUUGUCAUGGUUACUAGAGAUACUUGUCAACAAACAAGCUGCAGACGAAUUUGCAGUUAUAUGGGCGAACCAGCAGGAAUUGGCUGUCCUUCACGAGAAGCUACCUAUCGUAUCCCGUUAUCAUGUUAGUUGCAUCUCGGCAAGAUUAUACGUUGGCAUAGGACGGGGGGAGUUGUUGCCAUCCAAGGACACACGUCAGUUGUUGUUACAGACUUGGUUACAACCUUUGAUCAAUGACUUCUGCUGGUUACAGCAUGGAUGCAGGUCGUUUGAUGAUAAGGUUGUGGAGGAAGGAAUUGGGAGGACUAUUCUCACUCUACCUCUGGAGGAUCAGCAAAGUAUCAUGCUUUCUUGGGUGGGAAGUUUCUUGAAGGUUGGUGACAAGUGCCCAAACCUUCAGAAAGCUUUUGAGGUAUGGUGGCGUAGAACUUUCAUAAGACCUUAUGUGGAAGGACAAGGUAACAAUAAUGUGGGAUCUGAUAGUAGUUUUUUCGAUGUUGUCUAAAUAACUAGGCAUGUGUCCGAUGAGGUUCAGAAAUAUCUGGCAACGGUGUGUUGGAAAGUCACUAAAAAAUGAUUAGUAUAGCUAUAGGAAUGGUAGUGGCUGGAGACUGCGGGGAUAAACACAGCGUAUACAAAUUGCUUGUGGAAUUGAUGCUAUUCAUAAUGGCUUUUGCUGUAAGCUCUUCAAAGGAUUGGAAUUUUGUAUUUUGUUUCUGUGAUCCUGAGACUUCCAAGCUCCAAGUUGACAACAUCCUUGGUGGAUAUUCAGUGUUCAAUGUAUUGCUAUUUGCUAAGAACAUGAUACUUGUUCGACCCAAAAUUUUGGAUAGGGAAACUAUAAUCUGAUUUUCUAGCUGA